CGAGUACUGUCAGAUGAAACACCGGUACUCUGUCAAAAUAUGUACAUAUAUUAGUGUCUCUGUAGUUGGUAGAAUAUUGACAUGGAUUUGAAAGGGAAAGUAGCUUUAGUAACAGGAGGAGCUGCAGGAAUAGGUCGCGCUUACUGCGAAGAGUUGCUGAAACAUGGGGUGAAGGUUUCUAUAUGCGAUAUAAAUGCUGAGGCAGGGGAGCAGCUUGUUCAACGCUUGGAAGAAAAAUAUGGCAAAGACAAAGUGCUGUUUUGUCAGUGUGAUGUCACGGAUUACCCCCAGUACGAAGAAUCUUUUCAGACCACAAUUUCUGAAUUUGGCUGCCUUGACAUUGUUGUAAACAAUGCUGGAAUAAUGAAUGACAGAUUUUGGGAGCUGGAAGUAGAUGUCAACUUGAAUGGAGUCAUUCGUGGUACCUUACUGGCUCUGCGUUUUAUGGGAAAAGACCGUGGUGGCAAUGGAGGAACUGUUGUUAAUACUGGCUCAAAUGUUGUUGUUAAGCCAUAUGUAAGCAUUCCCAUUUACACUGCCACUAAACAUGCAAUAGUUGGUUUCACACGUUCAUUUGGGGACCCUUACCAUGAGAAGAUAACUGGUGUACGCGUACUUGCUGUCUGCCCUGGUGCCACUGACACAAACCUUGUGAAAGAUGUAAGGAAACAACUGCUGUCAUCUGAAUAUGAGAAUGCGUGGCAACGAGAUACAGCAGGAGGGGUAUCACAAACGGCAGAACAUGUGGCAGAGGAGCUGAUACAGUUGUUGCAGAAGGCAGCCAGUGGUUCUGUUUGGAUGGUGGAGAAGAACCAGCCAGCACGGGAGAUACAUUUUACUACCCAGUAAACAGUGGUUUUACUGUUAUGACAAGUUUAAUUGCACAAGUAGCCUGUUGAAGUGCAUCUAACACACUACAAAUAUUAUGCACAAUUUUCUUCCGGAGCUUUGCAGAUUUAUGGGCUUUUUGUGGCUUUUCAUUCAAGUCACAUUUAUCAUAUGUACAUUAUGUAAUUUGGCCUAAACAUUUGUAUAUUUGUUGAUAUUUAUGCACUCUAUGUUACACUUAAGAAAGAACAGAAUGACUGUUCACCUUUUUUCUAGAAUUGAUAACAAUAUUGGUUAAGAGAGGACAUGAUUACAUACUACCAACUUGCUGUGUACAUGUGAUGGGAGCUAGAAGCAUAUAAGGGUAAACAUGGAAUUUUGUUGAUGCAGUGGACCAUUUUGGGAAGGAAAGACUUACCGAUUAUUCAGUGAGCCAAAGGGAUAGUGCUUAAACAUGUAAUUUACCUCUAAUAAGUCACUGAUAUUUUCUUCUGUAAGAGGCCACUUUGUGUUCAGACCGUUAGUACUGCUGCUGUCCUCUUUUAUUAAAACAAAUAAAUAAAUAAGCUAGAAGUAACUUCUGAUGAUAAUCUUUUUAGUCCAAAUUUGUGUAGUGUAAUGGUUCAGGUGGUAAUUAUCUGCAUUGUUUACAAAAGUACCGAAUUUUACAGAAAAGGAUAUUAAUAUUAGUAAGAGCUACAUUUAAGAUAAUUCUAGCUUAUACACAAAUCCCAGUAAAUUGUAACCUAUUAAGUCACUUUCUACGCCAUUAAAGUGAAAGCUUGGCUGUACUUCCCAAGGCUGAUUCACCUGUCAGACAUGUCUAAAGAAAGUAAUAAUGCAAGGUGGUCAGAAAAUGGAAGGGUCAUAAAAUGGAGUAUAAAAUGAAGGAGUAUAAAAUUAUUGCAGUGGAGGAGGAGGUGGGGUCAUCCAGUUGAGAGAGAGAGAGAGAGAGAGAGAGAGAGAGAGAGAGAUAGAGGAUAAAUAUGUCAACCUGUUAAACUGAUAAGCAAGCAUACAAAGAAAUUUGAGUAGAGUAUUAUUUAGCAUGGUGAACUGGUUAUUUGGCUAGGGGGGCAGCACAUUACAUUCUCCAGUGACAUUGCAAGUUUCCACAGUUAUGUCUCUUGUUUUGUCAUUUGCUGUUUAAGUCACUAAUGUGUUUCAGUUGCUGAUGAUAGUGCCAGCUCUCUUUCAGAUCUGUGCAACCUGAUUUUGUUGUAUUUCAGUUUCCUCAAUCAUCUAAGUAUCUCUCCUCCAAUAGCCAUAACGUAUUUUUUUGGCAUUUACAUUCUCUUAAUGUCACAACAGUGAUACGUAAUGACACAAGACCAAAAGCAGACUGACCACAUGGUAUAGAUAUUGGCACUUUUUGACUAGUAAUGCUGAGGUCCCAGUUUUUGUCCUGCUGAUUACCUCAAAUUUUUCUCACAUUGGUGCUCCUUAAUUAAUGCCUAUAGUUUGAUGUCAUUGUCUCCGAAUAUUUGUAAUUUUUUCUGUCCAGUUUUAUUUGAUACUAUGAAGUAAGUAUCCCUGUUACAGUCACAGAGAAGUGAAAGUGUAAUGGAACUUUGCAUUUAAAACAAUGAAGCACUGCCUGGAAUUGUUGUUUGACAGUGCUACUCACACAGAGUCACUUUGCGACAUUCAUUCACAGUGUAGUAGGCAUGAAGCCACAGUUGAUCUAAAUAAACCACUGGCUGCUUUUAAUUCUGGUGCUAAAUUUUUCAUAAAAAUCUAUUAUGGUAUGCUGUGUUUGCAAGUAUGUAGUCUCAUCCAUACAAUGUUGUUGUGGUUUUCAGUCCUGAGACUGGUUUGAUGCAGCUCUCCAUGCUACUCUAUCCUAUGCAAGCUUCUUCAUCUCCCAGUACCUACUGCAACCUACAUCCUUCUGAAUCUGCUUAGUGUAUUGAUCUCUUGGUCUCCCUCUACGAUUUUUACCCACCACGCUGCCCUCCAAUGCUAAAUCUGUGAUCCCCUGAUGCCUCAAAACAUGUCCUACCAACCGAUCCCUUCUUCUAGUCAAGUUGUGCCACAAACUUCUCUUCUCCCCAAUCCUAUUCAAUACCUCCUCAUUAGUUAUGUGAUCUACCCACCUUAUCUUC